AUGUCUUACAAGUCGGGGGAACACACCUACCCCUCACCGUUAGUGGGAUAUGAAAACGCCCCAGCGCUUUCGGACGAGAGAAACGAAGACGGGAAGAGCUUCAAAAACCCGGUCAAGGAUACCCUAAGUAAGGCGUACACCGAGUUUCCGGACCCGCUAGAUAAGGGUCGUCGCGGUGGCUUUGACGUGCAUAUAUACUAUCUUCAGUCCAACGAAGCUCAGACAAAGUAUGCGAAAGAGCUAUGGGAGCGCAUUAGACAUGAGUUUCCCGAGCUGAGGAUAUAUCGGGUCUGGGACCGACCGAUCGGACCGCAUCCCCUGGCGAUGUUUGAGGUUAAUCUCUUCACGCCGGCCCAAUUUGGCGCCUUCAUCGCCUGGCUCGCCAUCUACCGUGGCCCCCUAUCUGCGCUGAUUCAUCCCAAUACGGUUGAAGGAGAAGGGGCCGAGGCACAAGCGGUCGACCGUCGAAAUCAUACACAAAGGGCUAUUUGGAUGGGUGAAAGACUUCCGCUUGAUUUGGACCUGUUUUACUAG